CCGCCGCGGGACUUGUCCCUCUCGGCGACCCGUCAGUAGCGACGCUGUUGCCAUAGUGACGGCGCGGCUGUCGGGCGUCCCGUGAGCCUCCCCGGCUACGGGGCGGCUUCGUCCCGCCCCCCCCGCGCCGUCUGGCGGUCGGGACGCCCCCCGGCCGCCGGUGGUGCCCCGUUGUAGGAUGGGAAGCGAGGGGGACCAUAGUUGGUCGCGGGGAGGAAGCGAAGAUCCUGAGGUCGUCUCCGAAAAGCGCCUGUUUAAGUCCAGGUUGCCGGAGUGCCUCGUCCAGGUGGCGUGCAGUCACCAGCACUGCGCCUUCCCGCUGAAUCGGAAUGAGCUGUGCGUCUGGAAUACAGCUGGCACCCACGCUGCCCAGCCAUUACGUUUGUUAGGACAUCAGCACUCAAUUUCUGCACUGGCAUUUGGAAGUAAAAUCAAUCCACUUCUCAUCUGCUCAGCUUCCCGUGAGCGUGUGAUUGUGUGGAAUCUUGAUGAAUGCACACAGAAACUGCGAGAAGGGUUAACACCUCCAGGAAUUAUUAUUGGAACUCUUCUGAGAUUGGUGCUUUAUGUAAGAUUUAGUCCAGAUGAUCAGCAAGUGGCAGUAUGUGCUGGAAAUCGGAUCUACAUGUUAAGUGCCAAGAAUGAAGCUAUACUAGUUGAAUUGAAUGGCCACCUGGCUCCAGUGACUGCUGCUGAGUUUUGCACGUGGGAGAAAAAUAUGCUUAUAUCAGUGUCGGAAGACAGAAGCUUUAAGGUAUGGGACUAUUCUACUGGACUGUUAAAAUAUCAGUCAGGAGUACUAACAGCAUUUCCUUUGCUAAGUCUGCUAAUUGAUGAAGAAAAGAAACAGAUUAUCACUGGAUGUGCUGAAGGACAGCUUUGGAUCUUCAGCUUAAUCAGUGAUCAUAAUUACCGUUGUGUGGCACGUAUUGACUUAAAGAAAGAGCAAGACAAAUUCUAUAAUAAAAUCAGGAAAUCUGAAGAAGAAUUAGGUAAAAGGCAAAAUAUUUCUGAGCUUUGUAAAAUAAACAGCAUGAAACUGGAGGGGUCAGUGGAAACAUCAUUGCCCGUCCUCCUAAUUGAACACUGUGACUAUUCAGUAUGUUUCCAUAAUGAAGAAAACAUAUCCUGUGCCCUCAACAGAAGCUAUUUUUGGGUAGGAACCUCUACUGGCUUGUUAUUAAUAAAUCUAGCCAACUUUGAGUUGGAAGCAUUUGUAUGUUACAAAGAUUACAGGGGCCUCAGCAUUCGAUUUGCUAGAUCGUGUUCAUUAAUGAAGAAAGCAGUUAAUGGAAAGGUUUUAUGCUUGAUCACCUCAAUGUUUGAAGACAUCAUUGCUGUGUUGGAAGUUAAUCUUGCUUUGUUGGUGAGAUCUCAGCAGAGUGGUAUUCUUAAAAGUGGAAAUGAGGAGAGUCUAUCAGUCAUUGCCAGAUGUCCUCUGUUGCCAAAAUCUCCAUUGCGUACAAAUUUAAAUAAAAACACGAAAGAACCUUUGAGUAAAGCAAGUGGAGUGAAAAGUACCGUGAAAGAUCAACCACUGGUUUUUCAUAAUAAAAUUAAGUCAUCAGGUUAUACAGCUGCACCACGAAUGACCAUGUUUUCUCCAAAUACUAACCUGAAGAAAAAUAAUGCAUCAAAGUGCAAGACCAGUUUUAAAUGUACAAAUAAAGAAUAUCCAUUGGAAAGUUCUCCUCCAAUCAACUAUGAGGCAGAAAUAUCUGUUAGUUGUAAACCAACUAGAAUUUGUUGCAUUCAGUAUUCUGGGGAUGGAAAUUACCUGGCCUGUGGGCUGGCUAACAAGACUGUACUGAUAUUCAACUCUGAUCUCACCAAUAUACGUCAUGUUUUUGCAGGUCAUGAUGGUGCAGUUAAUUCUGUUGGCUGGAGUCAUGACAAGAAGCUGUUAGUUUCUGCAUCGGACGAUAGAACUGUAAGGGUCUGGUCAGUCUGCAAGAAUGAACCUGUCCUAAUUCUGGGAAAAGAGAUGUUCCGCAGGACUGUAGGCUUUGCACAAUUUUAUUUUAUAGAUAGAUUUAUAUUGCUGUGUUGUGGAGCUGAAUUUCAUCUAUUAAGUUUCCAUCUAGAUGCAACAAAGGAUGACCUAAGACGAUACAAACAGAGAAGUAUUUGCAAAUUGGUACAGAGAUUUCCCAUGGCUUCAACAGCAGAGAUCACCAGCCUUUCAGCAGUAAAUGAUUUCUACUCUUAUAUUGUACUUACAGCUGGCAGCAACCGAGCAUUGGAAGUUUUUGAUCUCAAUGCAGGCCGCAGUACAGCCAUGAUACCAGAAGUUCAUACUAGAUCAGUGCAUCAGAUCUGUCAGAACAAGGGGUCAGUAUUCAGCACUCAGAAACCUGAAGCUUACAACCUUUUCAUGACCACAGCUGUAGGUGAUGGCAUCAAACUUUGGGACUUAAGAACUCUCAAGUGUGAACGUCGAUUUGAAGGCCAUGGUAGUCGUUCCUACCCAUGUGGAAUUGCAGUAUCUCCUUGUGGGCAGUUUAUAGCCAGUGGAUCAGAUGACAAGUGCGCAUAUAUAUAUGAGAUGCAUUCGAGUACCUUUUCAUACAAACUGGGGAGACACACAGAAUCUGUCAUUAAUGUGGCUUUUAGUCCCUUUUCGCCGCAGGCCAACUGUGAGGAAUAAUGAAGUGUAGAUCAAUGGAAGGAUCACCUCCUCACCCUAAGAACAAGAAGGGGGAAUAUUUCCCCAGUGAAGCAUCGCACUGGAGUGAUGCGUUUCAGUGACUAGUGCUCCAAAUUUUAUAAUCUCAGCUUUCCUCUGUGAACAGAUAAUUAAAUCAUCUGCAUUAUCAUCAUUUUCCCGGUUACGGUAUGUACAGUUGAACUCAUAUAGGUUUAGAGGAUUACAUAAAUAUAUCAGAAUAUUUUUUUAAAAGAUCACUUAAAAUAUUUAUCUGCAAAUAAAAUGUGAUGGAAUUUGGAGGUUUUCCAUUUGUUUGCCAUUGUAUAAUGUUUACUGUUUGAUUUCCUCAAACACUUUAACAUUCAAAAGGCCAAGUUCUGGCUUGUGCUCCGGGUUUUUGAUUGCCAUGGUUUCACAGGAUUAUUCCUCAUACCAGAUACAGAUAUAAAUACAGGUAAGGACAGAUUCAGAUGCAGGCAUAGAUUUUUAGAUACAGAUACAGACAUAGAUACAGAUAUAGACAAAGAUAUGGUGUUUUGUGAUGAUGUGUCAGUACUUAAUGCCUCAUCUUUAAAUGCUACAGUAUAGGCUGCUACUGCUUAGGGUACAAGGUCGGUUAGUUUUGAUGGUGAUCCACUGUGGGAGAUAGGAAGGAUAGAUGGUUCCAAGAGCAAUCUGGAAAUGAUUAGAGAAAAUGCAGCUGGUGCUUCCACUUAUCUAUAACAAAGGCAUAAGCUGUGCCUGUUUCUUCCACCACACCAAAGAAAGGGCCAGACUGAUACAGCUUACUGUUGAAUAUGGAAAGUUGUAACUAGUUUGUCUUUUGUCAUUUUAUUGCUAUGCAAAAAAGCCCCAAAAUACCCACAGUGAUCAUACCCUUAAAAGAAGGCCGUCGGUCUGAGGCAAAGCCUCUGGCAUGGGAUCUACUUUAUUCUGAUCAGGCUCUUUCCCUUCUAAUCUGUUCCAACACACAGGUUCUACAGCACAGUAGGGCCACAACAGAGACUUUUAUUUAGCAAACCACUGAAAUAGUGCUCAAAAAGCACCAAGAAGGGAUGGAAACGAUGUGAAGCUUCUACCUGAGCACAAUCAAAAUAUAACCUUGUUAGCCAGAGAAAGGAACCCUGUUGCAUUUCAGUUGGCUGCUGACGAUGAUACAGUUGCUGGUGCAUUUCUGAAGAAAAGAAUCUGUGCAAUGAAUGCAGUUCAGUCAGGGAUACAUUCCCUGUGCACUGAAAUAGGCUUUGAAUGUGCUCUGCUAUAGUGAUACAACAGCAUAUAUGAAACCUGACAAAUGAUUUUGGACAAGUGACAUUAUAGUCGCAGGGUGUCAUUGCUCUGUUCUUACCAUAUGAAUGUCUUUUCUACCACAUUUCUCAGUUGUCUCAUUUGUUUAGGAUUCUAAGAAGGGCGGGGCUUACUUGUGACAUAUUUGAUUUUUACCUUAAUUAAAAAGCCAUUAAUAACUGCAAUAAAUAAUAAAAAAAAUAAAUGUGAGGACUCAACAUGUUGUAAGUUUUGCUUUAAAACAAGUUUAUUGCAUUCAGUAUUCAUUCACAACACGAAGUAAAGUGAACGUACUCUUUUGUUGACCAAACUGUGAAGCGUGUGUGCUAAAAUCAAUUCUAUUAAGUUCUUCAUUGAGGUACAAAGUGCUCCCUGCCAGGCUUCAUGAAGCAAAUGAUAGCUCUUUCUUAUGUAAGAAGACAAGAAAGCUAUUGUCAUAUGUGAAGCUGGAAUAAUAACAAUUACUUGUUGCUGUAGGAAUGUCAAAGAGCUUGCCUGGUUAUGUCUACUUGGCAUAGAACACCUUUGUUUAUGCCAGGCCCCAGUAAAUGAUUGAACUCAUGUCUUUCAAUUGAACAUUUUGCACACCAGAGUUUUCCUAGGACAACAUAAAUUUUCCAGAAGAUAGUAAUGUGAUACUAAGAGACAAUGCAAUAUUUAAUAAAAUUACUGUCUGUCUGGACUUGUUUUCUUUUUAAUAUAGCCUACAAAAUUAUAGUACCAACGUUUUCACCCACUACCUCUGAGACUUUGACUCCUUAUGCAACAAGUGAUCUUACCAAAAAGUUUUGUGAUUAUUAAUGUGAAUAUCUUAUUAAAAUCACAUUCAGGUGUUUUUUGUAAAAUAUGUAUCAAGAUGACUUAUCUCUGCCUCUUCCCUCUCCACUGCUUCAGCACGUAACCCAUUGCAAAACAAGCCUUUAGUGGUGCUUUGCGUUUGCAAAAAUGCUGUUUAUCUUCUUAGUGCCAAACAGUGGUUUUGUGAAUCUUGGAAUUCGUGGGACUUCUUGCUUGCUCGUACAGUAGCACUGGAGCCUCAUCAUGAACACAUCUCUGCAGCUAUGCAAGAAUGUUUUCAUUGGUGGUGCAUCAAAAUCAGUUUCGUCUUUGAUGAUUUCACUACUAAUGGACUUGUUUCUGAGCAGAUAUCUGCAUCUACGUGUUUACGAAGUCAGGGGAUAUACUUGGCCUAUGGAUACUAGACCUGUGUUCUCACUGGAGUUGGUAACUGUUAGUCUAUCUCUAUUCCACAACUGGAAGAAACUUUUAAGAAGUAUCUCUGGUGUUUACUGAUUUUGGAGUACUCCCAGGUGAGGGUAUGGCACAUGUUAAGGAUUCAUGGCUAUUUCUAGAAACCAUGCCAUGUAGUUUAAACUGUCCAACUGUUUACUGGCCCACUUCCUUUUAGCAGCUUCACACUUCUGUAAAACCUCCAAAGUUGUUACUUUUUGUGGUUCGCCAACCCUGAGGACUGUAGCCUGUUCCUGGUAAUAGGCAAACCUCCUCAGCUGUGGGUUUUGACACUCGGUGGUUUCUAACCUUGCUUGUGGACAGCUUGUGAUGAUUAAAGCUUUAGACUGCCACCUGCUUUACAGUCCCAUUGGACGCUGAACAUAAAUUUGAUGUUUAAAGGAAACAACACUGGUGGCCGUCUCACGUUUCUUCCUGGUAGUCUAACAAAGUUCUCAAGAAAGGCAUAACCUGGGCAAAUUGCUAGGUGACUUUGACUCAGAUAUUUUCAAGUGUUGGUGCCAAGAACAUGACACCCCUAAACUUAUACAUGAACGGGGUAAAAACUCUUAUGCUGGCUGUACAUUUUCCCAAUAGUUCCUUAGCAUCAAUCAGUUCCUGUGACAGGGCUAUGGGAAAUUUCCUUGCAAGGAUGAAAUCAGCAAAACUAUACUUUGGGGUAGGAGAGAUAGGGGUGACACUUAAAGCAAAUGCAAGGAAAUUAUCCUUUCCCUGCUAUGAUUUUCUCUUAAGUGGAAGCAGAUGUGUGGGUAAAGACUGUGUGUUUUAAAUUUUGCAAACACAAAUUUUACACUGAACCUUCCAGUAAAAAGCCGAGGGGCUUUGAUGAUCUUGAUACUAAGGAAAAAAAAAUGCUUUUUAGUUUCAGUGGCCAUUCAUGUCUGGGAAGAGUUGUUACUCUAGAGCCUCACAGGAAGGGGAGACCUGCCACUUCAGCCCAGAAAGGGAUCUAACAGCUACUCCAGCUUCCUUCCUGUAUCCUUCCUCCAAACGAAGCAGCCAGUCCUUGCAGUCCUCCCUGUGCUGCUCAUCAUCCUCUCCUGCUUUCUCCCCUGU